AUGUCUGUCGGAGUAGCUAUUAUUGGUAGCGGCAUUUUCGUCCGCGAGAAGCAUAUGCCUGCUGUCCAAGCAGCGCCCUCCUUGACGCUGAAGGCGCUGUUCUCCCGCUCUCUCAAAUCGGCAGAAGCACUCGCAUCUGAAGCCCCCAACGUCGAUCUCUAUAGCGAGGAUGCCGGCGAAGGUAAGGGUUACUCUGACCUGCUCGCGCGACCGGACAUCAAGGGCGUGAUCAUUGCGCUCCCAAUUCCAGCCCAGCCGGCUUACAUCAAAGCCGCUCUGAGUGCUGGCAAGCAUGUCCUGUCGGAAAAGCCUAUCGCGAAGGAUGUUGCCGAGGCCCGUGAACUGCUCGAAUGGUACAACAAGAACAUUGACAAGAGCAAAGUCACGUGGGGCGUGGCAGAGAACUUCCGUUUCUUCGAGUCCUACCAGUACGGCGCGGAGAAGGUGAAAGAGCUUGGAAAGGUGGUAGCGUUCAGCCAGAGGAUGCACAUUCUCGUGAAGGAAGGAAGCAAAUAUCACGCGACGUCCUGGCGCAAGAACCCCACCCACCAAGGCGGCUUCCUGCUCGACGGCGGCGUCCACUUCAUCGCCGCCGUCCGCAUGCUGGUCUCCUCGGCCGGCGACGCGACGUCCGUCUCGGCUCUGACGGCGCAGCACAUACCGUACCUGCCGCCCGUCGACACCGUCGACGCCGUCUGGCGGCUCAGCAACGGCGCCUCGGGCACCUUCUCCACGAGCUUCGCUGCGCCUGUCGGCGGCCACGAGUACCGCGUCGUCUGCGAGCGCGGCACCGUGACCACUGGCUUCGGCUCGGCGCCGAUGUCGCCGGCCUUUGUCACCGUCCAGCGCGCGGGCGUUGACGGAGAAGAGCGCAAGGAAUUCCCUGAAUCGACCUUCGGAGUGGGCCCGGAGGUUGCGGCAUGGGGUGAAAAGUUGGAGAAGGGCGGGUUCGACGAGAGACAGGCGCCGGAACAGGCACUGAAGGAUUUGGAGAUCUUGGAGGCCAUGCUGAGGAGUGGAGAGCAAGGGGGAGUCCCAGUAACCCUGCAGUCCUAG